AACGACCAACAGAACCAUGAGUUCAUAAGAACACAAAGGCGAAGUUGCAAACUCCGCUCCCCAGACAAUCCGCACGUCCGCCCGCUGAUUGCCGCCGCUGCAUCCAUCGUUCGCGCGCCUACUCCCUGCAAUACCCGCGAGCUCAGAUCGGUAUUGCCCAUUGCCUCGUUGCAUCCCGUCACGCCAAACACCCUCCAGCAUCUCCAAUUGAUCGAGCCUCCUCAUGACGUCUGUGGAUAUGCCAAUGACGUCCAUGUCGGACAAAUCACUCUCGUACCACGGGAGAUCCGAGGACACUCAGACAGACGGUGGAAAAUCGAAACAUGCCAAGUCGGACAAACUGGCCAAACACGACCGGUCCCCCGUACAUGCCAAGAAAGUGAUGUAUCCCCCUCGACUCCUUGUGGACUUUAACUCCCUCCACAUCGAAGCACUCAACAAGUACGUUGCGUUUUACCAGAUCCCUGUCCGUGAAGAGUGCACGAAGGACGAACUCGCUGCACUUGUCGCAAGGCACUUUGAUGGGUCGCUUGAAGUCGAAGAAGACGAAUCGAUCCUGUCGUUUGUGACGCGAGUACGGAACGGAGAAAAGACGACUCGGGUCCGUCCUCCCGUGCCGAAGCCCGCAUCAUCGCUCAAGAAAACUGCUCGAGGCAACGAUGAAACGAAAGCCGCCGCUGUGUCGGCCUCGACAACAGCGACGUCCACCACGACUGGCAAGCGCGGCCGAGAAGACGAUGACCCCGACAACGAUGACCACGCCGACGCGUCCGUGGCCGUGCCCCCCCCUCCGUCCAAGAAACCAUUGAAGGGGAAACCCAAGGAAAAGUCGUCGAACGACAGCAAGAGCAAGAAGAACGACGACAACGAGCUCUACUGCGUGUGCAACCUGCCAGGAUACGGCGCCAUGAUUGCAUGCGACGGCGAGCAAUGUCCGAACCCGAGUCAGUGGUAUCAUUUGGAAUGUGUCGGGUUCUCCGACGGCCAACACCCGGACACGUGGUUCUGUCCUGAAUGCGACCCCAAGGCGUUUGCCGCCGUCCAGAAGAAGAAGAAGAAGUCCAACCGCAGCGGUGGAGGCUCGGGCGACGACAAGUCGUCCAAAGGCUCGUCCAGUGGCUCGGGGUUGCGGCGGUAGAUACAGCCAUCCAUCCGUUCUUGCGUCGUUAAGUGGUCCUCCACGGCAGAACAAUCAUGUGAAAAACAACAUGGAGAGAUUUUUAAAGAAUAAUUGGUUCAUUUGAUUGUGAAUAAAUGAAUGAUCUAUUAGGCAGCUUGAUUCAUUCACUUGUUAUAAUAUAAAUGAAUGAUCUAUUGAGAGAAAUCGAUGGUUCAUCCUUGAGUUG